ACUCUGGGCCUGGGCCGAUUCUGCGCAGAUCGCCUUUGAGUGAGUCAUCAUGGCGGCGGAAGGAGCUGAAAUGUCGAAAAUAAACGUCGUCGUAAAAACCUCGAAAAAUAAAGAAACCAUCGCGGUUGAACCGACUGCUACGAUAAAAGAGUUUAAAGAAAUGAUAUCAGAAAAAUUUGGAGCUCCAGUCCCUCAGCUCUGCCUUAUUUUCGCCGGCCGAAUUUUGAAAGACCAUGACACGUUAGCAUCAAGUGCCAUCAAGGAUGGACUCACCGUUCAUCUGGUAAUAAAAUCGGAAAAUAGAGGACAGCAGCAAGCUGCAAGCCAUGCUUCCCAGACCCCAUCUCCUCCUACUGCCCUGUCACCGUCCGUCCCCCUGCCCACUGGGACCCCUAAUCCCUUGGACCUUGCCGGCCUUGGGGGGCUAGGUGCUAUGGGACAAUCAGGGAAUCUGCAAGAGAUGACUCAACAGCUACAGCAACAGAUGAUGUCUAACCCGGACACCAUGAGACAAAUCCUGGAUAAUCCUAUUGUACAGAGCAUGAUGUCUAACCCUGAGCUCAUGAGAAACAUGAUUCUAAGCAACCCUCAGAUGCAACAGCUAGUUGAGAGAAAUCCUGAGAUUUCACACAUACUAAAUAACCCUGACCUGAUGCGCCAAACUAUGGAGAUGGCUCGCAACCCCUCUGUAAUGCAAGAAAUGAUGAGGAACCAGGACAGAGCUCUUAGUAACCUGGAGAGUCUACCAGGUGGCUUCAAUGCUCUUCAGCGGAUGUACACAGAUAUACAGGAACCCAUGAUGAAUGCUGCACAAGAACAGAUGCAACAGAUGCAUGGCAACCCCUUUUCUGCUUUGUUUGGACAAGGCGGUGCAACCACAGGCUCAUCCACCCCUGCCACCAACACCAACAGCACCAGUAAUAACCCCCAGCUUGGCACAGAGAACCUGUCCCCUCUGCCCAACCCAUGGGCCCCGCCAGCAGCUAGACAGAGUACCCCUCCUGCUGCCACCACAACACCACAAGCUGGUGCACCCUCUACAACUACUACACCCACAGCUACUACUGGAUCUACCACCCCACCUCCUGCCAAUCCACUGAUGAGCGGCAUGUUCCAAGCCCCGGCCAUGCAGAACCUGAUGCAGCAGAUGUCAUCCAACCCUCAGAUGCUCCAGCAAAUGAUGCAGGCGCCAUACAUGCAGCAGAUGAUGCAGCAGAUGGUCUCAAACCCAGACCUUAUGUCUAACAUCUUGCGCACCAAUCCAAUGUUCCAAGGAAACCCUCAAUUAGCAGAACAGGUCUCGUCAAGACUCCCUGAGUUUAUGGCCCAGAUGCAGAAUCCUGCCUUCCAGCAGUCCAUGGCGAAUCCACGAGUUCUGCAAGCAAUGAUGCAGAUCCAGCAAGGGAUGCAGCAGCUACAGGCUGAGGCACCUGGCCUUGUCCAAGGUGGGGGUCUGGGAAUACCCCCAUUUGGCAUGAGCACCACAACAUCAGGAUCUACAAGCAACAGUGCCGUGUCUACUACAUCUACUGCCGGCAGCAACACCACCACCACACCCUCUUCAGGUUCGACCCCUGGAAACCCCAACCCUAUGAUUGGAUCUAAUCCAGACCAGAUGGCCCAGCUCAUGGCUCAGAUGAUGUCUGUCAUGUCUUCUCAGCAGGGCCAGCAUCCUGCCGGCCAGAGUCCUGAAGUCCGAUUCCGAACCCAACUGGAGCAGCUGGCGGCCAUGGGAUUUGUGGAUCAGCAGCGAAACAUCCAAGCCCUAACAGCCACCGGUGGAGACGUCAAUGCAGCCAUUGAGCGGCUCCUACAGUGAUCCAGGCCUUGUCCAAUAGGAAUCAUGAAUAGCAGACAAGCCGCCAAGGCAGCACCACCAAUUUAUAUAUAUAUCAAGCAACUGCUAAGACGAGGUCGGACUAGUGAAAAUGACAACAGGAGAAGCAGUCUUGCUGAGCACUAAAUGAGAGGAGGUUUUCCCUGAGGAAGAUACUAGUUAGCAUGUGAUGAACUAGGUAGAUCCCCCCCCCCUCACCACAUGCUGUACAGUCUUGAUUCGCCUGCUCUAUUGAUGUGCGGCAGGUAUAUGAUUGGACGAAGAGAAUAUGUUCUAAAAAAUACAGUGUUGUACUCAAAUAAAUGCUCACAGAUUUUUUUCACA